AUGGCUAAACCCAUUAUAUUGAGGGUUGGGCGGGUGCCAGCCCGAAGUGGAAAUCUCGUGAACCUUCGGGUGGGGAAACCUUCGGCGCUGAAGGACCCUAUAAUAUUAAUUCCGGCAUUCAGUUGCUUAAGAAGAGAACGGCCUGCCGUGUCCGGCCUGUUCACUUACUUCGUGAACCUUGGCACCUUCGUACAAAAAUUUCAUCUUAUCAUGGGUUCUCGCCACGACCACAGUACAUCCGCAGAAGUUCAACCGAAGAAACACAAGAAGUCGAAGUCAAAACACGAAAAGAAAAAGUCGAGCGUGCGGGAGAAGGAACGUGAAAUAGAUCGUCAGAAGAGGCACAAACGAAAAAGUGAGCGCAAAGAACGAGAAGAAUAUUCUGGAAGACAAUUAACUCAUGAAGAAACUGAUCUAGAGCUUCUCGACAUCACCGAAUCAUCCGACGGGGUCUCCGACACAAAUUUGGACCAACUACUCCAGCAAAAGGAAAAACUCAUGGCCGCUUUGAGCAUGGCAGAAACAGAGCCUGUUCAGGACAAAAAAAGACGAAGUAAAUCUCGCGAGCGAGGUAAAAAGCGAAGCCGCGGGCCAGACGAAGAAGAUAGCGGUAAGAGACGGAAAGAGGAACGGAACGGUGCUUCUAAGGAAUCCAGUUCCGGACAUCGUCGAUCUCGGGAACGCCAUCUUAAGAACCAUGGCGGACAACAUCACCAGCGGGAACCUGAUCGUUCUGUGGGCAAUCAUCAGCAUCGCGAUUCAACUGCGUCGAGAUCAACACACGAACGAGGUCGUCGGGAUGAUCGUGACCGACGCCGAGUAGAGAAUCGGAAAGACGAAGACUUGCUUGUGGGAUUGCGAAGGGAGCAAGAGAUGUUGACUAAUCGAAAUCGAAGACGGUCUCCGCUGAUGGAGAACAGGCGGAUGCGGGACAGGGAAGGAGACCGGAGACACGACAGGGGAAGAGAUCGACGUCCUUUUGAUCACAAGGAUAAUCGACGGGAUAGGAAGGAUAGGAAUUAUAAACCGCGGGAUCAGGACUCGCAUCAGUCUGAGCAACAGUCCCGAAUUGAAGAUGAAGAGUUGAAACAUGUGGAAAUGAUUGACGAAGAUGAAGACGAAGAGCAAGUGAUUGAAAGAAUGCGUCGGGAGCGUCAAGAACGACUCAAGAAGUUAGCGGAACGCGGCGACAGCCUAGAUGCGACAUCUAUCGCAGCAUCUCCGGCCACCCAGGGCGCCGACGUUGAACCCAUGUCCAUAGACGAGUACAAAUCCAUCACGGCGUCCCCGUCGGAAAGCAAAGCUGUGGAUGAAACUCGUCAGCGGUCCAAGUCUGUAGAAUCGUCCUCUUCGUGUUCUUCGUCGAGCCGAAGCGACGAGAGAUCUUUUGAUGAAAAAGCAAUCAGGAAGAGAAUUGAAGAGCGAUUAAAGUUGAAGUUUUCUCAGGAAACCGAGCAAGACCGGACGAACCGCCUGAACUUACUCAAGCUUCGCACGGAGGCCCUUGAGGAAGAGCAGCAGUUGGCUGAGGCUGCUCCUGCAGAAAAGAGUGUGGAUGACCAGGCGAAAGACAUGUUCGCCGAAAGCUACGAGGAAGUACAAAGAAAGGCCAACGAAACGACGGGUUUCACCGACAGCAGCAUAUCGACGGAGACGUGCGACGACAGUGCCGGCUACUACCGGGUGCGUCUGGGCGAAGUGCUGGACAAUCGAUACACCGUGUAUGGGUUCACAGGUCAGGGCAUCUUUUCGAACGUGGUCCGUGCCCGGGACCAAACGCUGGAGAACAAGGAAGUGGCCAUUAAGAUCAUUAGGAACAACGAGUUGAUGCACAAGUCGGGCCUGAAGGAGCUGGAGACGUUGCGGAAGUUGAAUGAGACUGACCCCGGGGACAAGUAUCAUUGCUUGCGGUUGUUUGGUAGCUUUUUCCAUCGACAGCAUCUGUGCAUGGUGUUUGAGCCGCUGGCCAUGAACCUGCGAGAGGUUCUGAAGAAGUACGGGAAACACGAUGGGUUACACAUGAAAGCCGUGCGCUCUUACGCGCAACAGCUUUUCCUCGCUUUAAGACACAUGAAGAAGUGUCAAAUUUUACACGCGGACGUGAAACCUGACAAUAUUUUGGUGAGCAACGCGUUUCUUUUAUUCAUAUUCCAUACAAUGGUUAGUGAAAACAAAUUGGCUCUGAAGCUGUGUGAUUUCGGCUCUGCCUCGACGAUCGAGGAGAGCGACAUAACGCCAUACCUCGUGUCUCGGUUUUACCGGGCGCCAGAAAUUAUUUUAGGAAUGAAUUACGACUACGGCAUUGACAUGUGGGCGGCUGGCUGCACGAUCUUCGAGUUGUAUAGUGGCAAGUACAUGUUCCCGGGUCGAACAAAUAACGAGAUGUUGAAGUUGUUCAUGGAUCUUAAGGGGAAGAUUUCAAACAAGUUGGUGAAGAAAGCCGCCUUCAGAGACCUGCACUUUGACGAGAAGUGCAAUUUCAUUCAUAGGGAAUACGAUCGAUUGACGGAACGUGAAAAAACGACGGUGAUAACCUCGAUGCAGGCGUCGAGAGAUUUGCACGGGGAAUUGAUUGGCAACCAGAAAUUGCAGGAGGACCACGUGCGGAAAGUGGCGCAGUUGCGGGAGUUGUUGGAUCGCAUCAUGGUGUACGACACGAGCCGUCGGAUCUCGGUCUCUGAAGCGUUGUCACACGCUUUCAUUUCUGAAAAAUUGGCGUGAUUUCCAUUAACUCUUGGUCUUCUCUCUCUCUUCUUUGUUUCUUUUCGUCCCCACUACUUUCCGAAUCUGUUUCUGUAAGUCACUCGAUCGAGAUGUCUGGAAGCGAGCGAGAAGAUGUUGUCUCUCAUCCGUCGGGCUUUGCACUGCCUGGGACUGGAGCUGUUGAAAGAGGGAGAGAAAGAGAGAGAGCGAAAGAAUUUAGUCGAGACUGGUAUUUCACCCUCCCAUGUUUUAUCUCGUUAUUACGUAUAUGCUUUUUUUGUUUUUUCGUAGCAAUGGAUCUUUCCCAUUAUGAGGAACCGGUUUUUUUUCAUGUUGUUCUGGCUAUUUUUCCUAUAAAAGAAAUCGCUUAUUCUUGGACUUGGUCAGUUGAUUCUUUGAAUAGUUGGACUUGGGUAACAUUUUCGGCAAUUGGGAAAUAGUAUACACUCCGUAUAAAAAAGUAUGAAUUUUUUGUCCCUCGAAAAUUAAAAGACUUCAGCUGCAUCAAGGGGUUGUAUUGUUUCCUUUAUGAGAGAUGUGCUUGCGUGGGAGAGUAGGAAUUUUCCAGCCCGUUAGCGUGAGGAAAGGUGCGAAAUUUCUGCGGGAUUAACGGAAGACCAGAAGUUGAAAUUAACUCUGGAGCCUAAAAACAGUCGUUUUUAAACUCGGUGUUUAUGAACAUGAACGGGACGCUGGAAAAUUGCCCGUUUCCUUCAAGAAAUCGUGCAUUAACUAAAUUCACCGAAUUUGAAAUUCAGUUACAGUACAGUAUAUGAAAUUCAUCCAUCUUCUCCCUAUCUGAGGUAUCCGUCGGGAACCAGUCAAGUUUAAUUAUUUUUCGAAUGACAUGCAUGGUUAGGGCUUUCCAGAUAAUUAGAAAUUCGAUUUUGACGACGCUAAUGCAUAAGUUUUAAUUCUCUGAAAAAAGCAGAGUCCAUGAUUUAUCGAAGAAAAAAUUACCAUUUUACAGAAAAUGCGUAGGAUUUUGAGAAAUGUACACCGUCGAAAUCAUUGAAACCGAUUGAUGAUUUAUGAAAUCUUGUGAGAAACUUUCCUGAACAGUGAAGUUUUCUGUGUUCGGCUUAAUAUUGACGCUUUGUGUUGACGAGAUUCUUUUGUAUUUUUAAAAUUCUGAAUUUUAUUCACUCCUGUAGCGUAAGCUGCUUACACCUCUCAAGCUUAUGAAAGAGAAGUGCCGCUUGAACCUAACAUUAAUUUUAAAUUAAUUAUGAUGGGCCCCAGUUGUGAUUUUUUAUUUUAUUUUUCAAAUUAAGCGCACGUGGACUGUGCAAUAUUGAUUUGAGUAGGAUGUACACCUUUUUUCUCAAAAUUGAGAGGGAAAAAUGGAGUGUGCAUCAUACAGUGUACAUUAGAAAAAAUAAUUUUGGAAGUUCAAGUUUGCAUUAUAUUUGAUUCUCAAGGGAAAUAUGGACCAAUUUCAACUUUAAAAUGUUUGUAAUGGAAAUAUUUGAAAAUUAGUUGAUCAGGAUCAAUCCCUGUCUAAAUUCAAAUUUGAGUGUUCUUAUUUUUUGAAAUAUUGUACAAUACAGGUUGUACAUUGCAAUUUGACCCAAAUCCAUAGCCAGACUAGGGUUGAAUUGCAAGACACUUCGUAAACUUGAGAAAUGCAAAAAUAAUGUCCAAAGCAGGUCAAAUUGCAAGUCAGCCUCCCUGCAAAUUUGACUGUCAAAUUGCAGGACAGUCAAAUUUCGGGAGGUCAAAUUGCAAAGUACCACCUGUAUUGCUGUUUUAGUCACUAAAAGUGGGGUGUGCAUCUUACUUGAGGAUACAAUUUUUAUAGAACAUUUUGACUAAAACCUGGGUGUGUGUUACUCAAGUAACUACUGUAGAUCAAUUAUGUUGAGUGUUAUUUUCGUGGAAAUGCGGCUUUUGAAUCUGAUAGAAUAUUAUAUUUGUUAUGGAUACCCCAAUUAUGAUCACAGAGCUAUUCAGAAAUUAAAUCUGCAACAAGAAAGAAACGCACCGCCCUGAUUAAUGGGAAAGAGCCAUUUUGAGUGUGUACCCAAGUUUUAAUGUUGCACUUCUUGCUGAUAGCAGCCAUCAGCACUGGGCGCGAUUGGAAGAAACGGAGGUUUGUGAAGUCGCGAAGAGGACCAAGAGCUGGAUUUGGGGAUUCUCACCGCCAGUGUUCUGCUGUCACUUCUUUUUUUUUUUUAUUGUGGGAAGGGUGUCAAGCUUCUUUUCUUUUGUGUGUGUGUUUUCUUACAUAGAUGUCUUAAUCUCUCUCGGAAAUCGUAGUCGGCGAGCGAGGGUGCAUUGCUUAAUGUGCAUUUUGAGUCGGAACAUGCCGGUUUUGUAUGGGUUUUUAUUUGGGGGUGAUAUCUGAAACAGAAGUGGCUAAUAAAUCACACUCCAAGUCUCA